AUCAUCUAUAUAAGCUAGUCAUAUUUUUCCAUUCUAACAAACCAUUUAGAUACAAUAAAUGUUGCAUAAACAUAUGAAUGUUGUAACAUGUUUUAUUAUAUACUACACUUUUACUUUAAAUCCAAAACUAUUAGUUGCUGCUGACAACAUUAGUUAUGUUCCCUCAGAAAACAUAGUUCUCAACUGUGGUUCUAACACAUCACAACUUGUUCAAUAUGAUGGUAGAUUCUGGAUUGGAGACAUUCAUUCACCAUAUUUACCUUACAAUGAUUUCAUCAACCAUUCCUUAACAUCAACAGCACCUUCUUCAAACCUUCAAUCUAUCCCUCAAGUUCCUUAUAUGACUGCUAGAAUUUUUCUCUCACAAUUCACCUAUACAUUCAAUGUAACUUCUGGUCCAAAAUUCAUACGUCUUCAUUUCUACCCUUUUUCUUAUUUGAAUUUUAACAUCUCCAAAGCUUUUUUAUCAGUAACUGCUGAUAACUUCACUCUUGUGCAUAAUUUCAGUGUUUCUCUCAAUGCAGAUUACUUUAACUUAGCAUAUUUCAUGAAAGAGUUCAUUGUGCAUGUAAAAGGGAACAGUUUGGAACUUACUUUCGCUCCUUCAUCAAAUGCUUCUGAUUCUUAUGCAUUUGUGAAUGGUAUUGAAAUUGUUUCAAUGCCAAAUGGUUUAUACAUUAAUGGUGAUGAUUCCCCUCUUCCUUUAGUUGGUCACUAUCCAACUGUUGUUUACAUUUACAAUGAGACAGCUAUGGAAAAUUUGUAUAGACUGAAUGUAGGUGGCGAACAAAUUCUACCGAUAUAUGAUACCGGUAUGUUUCGCAAUUGGGAUAUCGAUGAUGGUUACAUAUUUGGAGCUGAUAAUAGUAUUAAACCAUAUGAUGAGGACAUGAAAGUUUUGUAUAAAGAUCAUGUUCCAUCAUAUACUGCUCCUAGUGAUGUCUACCGCACAUCACGUUCGAUGGCUCCGUUUGAAAAAGGACUUGUCAAUUUAAAUUACAAUCAAACAUGGUUUUUUUCAGUUGAUUCCGGAUUCAGAUAUCUAAUUAGGCUUCAUUUCUGCGAAAUUAAUUACAGUAUAACAAGGGUCAACGAGGUGGUUUUUUCCAUGUUUUUAAAUAAUCAGACAGCUGAAGAAGAGUUUGAUCCAGUUGGCUUAAGCGGAGGACCUGGAAUUCCUAUUUACAAAGACUAUGUUGUUAUGGUUCCUGAAGACAGUGAUGCAAAGCAAGAUCUUUGGCUAGAUCUUCACCCUGACAAGUAUUCAAAACCUUUGUACUACAGUGCUUACUUGAAUGGUGUAGAGAUCUUCAAACUUAGCUAUGUUGAUACGAGGAAUCUUGCAGGCCUUAACCCUUCCGAAAAGAAAUUUGGUUCAUCUACAAAGGCUACACCACAUGAUGUUGAAAACUCAAAGAAACAUACAUUCAUUUUCAUUGGGUGCGGACUUAUGGCAGUGGUAAUACCAAUUCUUUUGUGCUUAUUUCUAUUGAAGUUUAAGGUGAUUAAGCCUAGUAGGUUCAUGUCAUGUUUUGCACUUGAACCUAAUCAAAUUGAAAAAGAAAAAAAUCCAGCAUCAUUUUGCUGUCAAUUUUCAUUAGAAGAGAUUAAAGUAGCAACAAAUGACUUCAAUGAGGCUCUACUUAUAGGAACAGGUGGGUUUGGAAGUGUUUACAAAGGUAGUUUUGAUGGCAGUGCAUCUUUUGUAGCUAUAAAGCGUGCAGAUCUAACGUCUCAACAAGGUGUCACAGAAUUUGAGACAGAGAUCCAUUUGCUAUCGUCUGUAAGCCAUAACAACAUAGUCUCGCUUUUGGGAUAUUGCAAUGAAGAUGAUGAGAAGAUACUUGUGUAUGAUUUCAUGCCCAAUGGAACUCUUUAUGACCAUCUCCAUUUGAAUCAGAGAGAUCAACAUCAACCUCAUUUGUCAUGGAUUCAAAGGCUUGAGAUAUGCAUUGGAGUUGCAAAAGGUUUGCAUUACUUACACACCGGCACAAAGCAAAAGAUCAUUCACCGCGAUAUCAAGACCACAAACAUACUCUUAGACCAUAAUUGGGUGGCUAAAAUUUCAGAUUUUGGUUUGUCAAAGGAAAGUUACACUACCUUAAGCACCACUGUCGUAAAGGGUAGCACCGGUUACGUUGAUCCAGAAUACUAUCAACGCGGAAUGCUGACUGAAAAAUCUGAUUUAUACUCACUUGGUGUGGUUUUGUUGGAAGUGUUAAGUUCAAGACAAGCUUUAAGUCCAUGUGAAGAAGAAGAAGAAGAUGAUGAGCAUUUAAACUUGGGUGAAUGGGCCAAGUUUUGUUAUGAGAAUGGAAAUGUGGAAGAAAUAGUAGAUCAAAAUUUGGAAGGAAAGAUAGUUAAGGAAUGUUUAGAGUUAUAUUUAGGUGUUGCUAUGAAAUGUUUGGGUGAAAGAGGAGCGGAGAGGCCAUCCAGUGGUGAUGUGCUGCAGAAUCUUUUAAUGGCAAUACAAUUUCAGAAAAAUGGUGGGAAUGUACAAAAUGUUAUGCAGGAGUAUUCAGAUUUGACACCUGGGAUUGAGUUCUCUGAUAUUAUGAUGCCUGUUGGUAGGUGAAUGUUAAAUUGAUUGAUAUCAGGAAAACUAUGGAGCAAGAACGAACGAGAAUGCCCCCAAUAUGUUUGCAGAUCAAUGUUGUAUGAGUUUGUUGGAGAAUAUGCCAUAUAUUUACGAAUCUUCCAUAACCUUAACUACUAAACUUAAAUUAAAUAUUAUUAAACCAUUUUUCUCUCUUGGCAUUGAUGAUAACAAAUUUAGUUGAAAUUUCUUGUUCGUAUGACAUGAAUCAAUGCAUGUUCAAUGGAUUGUGCAAAUAUGUUGUAUACUCUAAAUAAAUUCUUAAACAUUCAGCGUUCUGGAGCACUGACGAAUAUUGAUAUCAAGGUUUUUGAUCUUAAGUCCUGGAGAUAUCCAGUUGUCGUUCCAAGCGCUAACUGACUUGCCAUCUCCAAUCACCCAAACAUUCUUUACAAAAUCACACAUAUUCGUCACUACCAUCUUCCAAGACUUCUGGUAAAAGUUGGCAGGGAAACCAUAAGGGUCAGGCGCUUUCCAAGGGUUCAUAUUGAAAAGAGCACUCUGAACUUCUUUGUUUGUGAUAUCCAUGGCCACUAUUACUGAAUAUCAUUCUUCUUGGUAAAGAGCUCCCUAUAAUACUUUAUGAACAUCUCAGCAAUUUGAUCUUGGUCCUCAAUCCACACUCUAUCCUCAUUUCUUAUCAUCAUGAUCUUAUUAGGCCGGCUUCUUAGAAUGGUUUUAAGGUGAUAGUAUUUUGUAUUACUAUCUCCAUCGGAUAACCACUUGACCCUAGAUCUCUGAAACCAUAUCAAUUCCUCUUUCUCGAGAAUGCUUUCCAGUUCCUUUUGAAGUUUAUGCUCAAGAAAAGACAAUCAUCUACCUCCUUUCCUUGCCUGCAAAGUCUUCUGAAUACCAUAUAUUCUUCUCAUCAAUUCUUUUUUCUUAUUGAUAAUAGCAUGCAGAGUCUGGAAUUUCCACUUCUCAUUGUCAGCUCGUCACGUGUUCCAUGUUGUGCACAAUACCCCUACUAUUAUGCCAACUCUCCUUCAGCAUGUCUCCAUAACAAUCUUCUGCAAUCCAUGCACUUUUAAAGCAAAAAGGGUGAUUGUCUGUUCUUGUUAUUGUCUGAAAAAUCAAGUCUGGCUAGCACUUUGACGUAGCCUUCUGAGAAAAAAGUUCGCCACUAAGCAUUCAAUAGAGCCCGGUCUAAUCUCUCGUAGAUAUGUUAUCCACCAUGAUAUCUAUGCCUCUCAAAGUAAACUUUGCACCUAUCAUUACAGUGGCGGAGCUAGGGGUGGCAAAGGAAGGCCACGGCCACCCCAUUGUUCUUUUUAAAAAGUAAAAUUCAUAUCCUCCUACAGUUGCCUGCUGAAAAAAUAUAAUGUAUUAAGUUUACACAAGUGGUACAUAGGGCCCGUUUGGUGCGCAGGAUAAGAGACAAGAUAGGAUAUAUGUAUCAUAUCUUAUCUUAAUUCAGUGUUUGUUUGCUGACACAACAAGAUAGGAUAAGUUAAUCCUGAAACUUAUCCUAUCUUGCCUCACUAGUUCAAAUUGUUAUCCUGAAUAU